AAAAAAAAAAUGAACGUCUAUGUGCAUGUCAAAUUAUCUUUCAUCUACUGAACCUCAAAAUCUAGAAUUAUAUUAUCAGCCACUUUAAGAAAAUGCAGCUUGAAAAUUAUUGUUCUCAACUAGAAUCGCGUAGACUGUACGCGAGUAGUAGAUCAAAUAGCAUAGAUAAAAGAUUAAAAGUCAGAGGACAUAGAUGUUAUGAAAACAGUUACCCCUGUAUAAUCGUACAUGGUGGUGCAGGGGAUUUCAAUAAUGAUAUAAUCGUGGAGAAAAUGACAGGUUGCAAAAAAGCUGCCAUAAAUGGAUAUAAGAAAUUAUUAGACGGCCAAAGUUCAAUAGAAGCCGUAGAGACUGCUCUAUGGUGGCUGGAAUGCGACGAGUUUUAUAAUUGUAGUUAUGGGUCUGUAUUAAACGAAAGAGGGCAAGUGCAAAUGGAUGCAAGCUUGAUGGAUGGUUUAUUAUUCAAGUGUGGAUCGGUAGCAGCCGUAUCAGACAUAGAGCACCCUAUAUCGCUUGCAAAAUACGUGUUGCAUAAUUUUCCAAAUGCACUUUUUGUGGGUGAUGGUGCCAAGAAUUUAGCAAAAUAUGCUGGUUUAAAUUGGAUAUCUGAAGGGAAUAUGGUAGCGCCACUGGCACGAUUAGCAUUAAAAUCAUCAGAAGGGGAAGAAGAAAAUGAUAUAGAUAAUCUAAGUUUACUGGGGGGCGAUAUGUUAACAAGUAAAGUAACUGGAGAAUAGAACCUAAAUCACAUUCAUUUAUAUUUUAAGUGAGGACGUGCAGACGGUUUUGGGACCAUCAUAAUAUUUGUUUAAUUACUAUUUGUAGACAGUUCUGACACCGUUGGUUGCAUAGCAUACGAUGGACGUAGGAUUGCUGUUGGCAGUACUACAGGUGGUAUAAACAAAAAGUU